CCACUCUCCAGGCUCUACAUACAGCACUCACCUCAGGCAGGCUCUCUUCUCUCACGACCACACGAAAUGUCGUUUGUCCUGCGACCAGCUGCGAGGGGCUGCAUGGGCUGCAUCAAAAGCGCUGGGGCUUUCCGGACAUCUCUGGCCCAGAGGUCCGUUGCCCAUGCAGCUCGCGCAAACGCAAGCAGGACGGUAGCAGGCCAAGAACAUGCCACAGCACGGCUCUCGCAUGCUCAGAGGCGAUGGGCGACGUCAACGACCGAGCAGUCCACCACCGUCGACCCAGCAGAAGUAGAGUCUCUGCAGUGCUUGGAGGAAGGCACGCAAAAGCUCGAAGAGGGCGACGUCCAAGCCGCCAAGGCACUCUACCAGCGCAGCGUCGACAUCAAGCGCACCGCAAGCUCCCUCUUCAACCUCGGCGUCACGCACUACCACCUCAAGGAAUACGAUGAGGCCAUCGCCGCGUGGAAAGAGUCGAUAGCUCUCCAGCCCUCCAGCGCCGACGCGCACACCAACCUCGCGAGCGCGUACAUCAUAUCGCCUAUCAGCCGGCCCGACCUCGCCUUGCACCACCUCCAGGUCGCCGCCUCUCUCCAACCCGAAGACCCCGAGAUCGCGUUCAACCUCGCCGCCGUCCUCGAAGCCUCCUUGGUGUACUACAAGCGGAGCAAGGAGUACGGCGUCGACCGUGCGGCGAUGCACAUCCGGAACGUCAGCGCGAAGAUCCUAGGCCAGAAGUUGAAGGCGGCGGAGGCGCAGGCACAGGGCGAGCCCCAGAAAGGCGAUGCAUAAACCUACAAUCCUCGUAUAAUCACUACUGACAAGAUAGAACUCGCUCGUACAUCUGAGACAUGCGCCUCCAGCGUGCGCAGUUCUUAGCCCCGCUGAGUUGCUUCGAUCCGCUAUCUCUGCAGG